AUGCUAUUCGCCCCGAGCGGACCGCAGAGUCCUCGCCGUCGCAAUCGCAUUAAAUCCAUACUCGUCACUAUAUUCAUCGUCCUCGCCAUAUACUUCCUCUUCUUCGCGCACGCCGAGUCGUCCCAUAAACCCACCGCCAAAACCGACUAUGCGCAGCUACACAAAUCAACGCCGUCGCCCAAAGCGGACGAGCAGGCUCGUCCGGAGAUUCGGCGACGGAAGGAAAUGGUUGUGGCCAGCAUGAAGAGCGACGAUACCUCAUGGCUGGCCGAGUACUUCCCGGACUGGUCCAGGAGCAUCUACGUGGUGAACGACAAAACGGCCCCCUUGACAGUGCCGUACAACAAGGGGCGCGAGUCAAUGGUCUACUUGACCUACAUAAUUGACCAUUACGACUCCCUGCCAGAGGUCAUGCUCUUUAUACACUCCCAGCGCUUCCAAUGGCACAAUGACGACCCAUACUACGACGGUGUAGCCAUGUUGCGCAACUUCCAGGUGCCCUACCUGCAGAAAAAGGGCUACGUGAACCUGCGCUGCGUCUGGACGCUCGGCUGUCCGGUCGAGAUUCACCCGCUGAGUGAUAGGCACCGCGACGACGUGCACGCGGGCGAAUAUUUCUUGAAUGCAUUCAAGGAGCUGUUCCCCCAAUCUCCGAUCCCGGAGGAAAUCGGCGCGAGCUGCUGCGCUCAGUUUGGCGUGACGAAGGAGCAGGUUCUUUCUCGCCCAAAGAGCGACUAUGAGCACUUCCGGAGAUGGCUUCUGGAGACGGACUUGACGGAUGACUUGUCAGGAAGAAUCUUAGAAUACACCUGGCACAUUAUAUUUGGACAAGAUCCGGUAUAUUGCCCAGACGCUAGAGCGUGCUACUGCAAUGUCUUUGGAAUUUGUGACGACAAAUUAAACUGUGACGAAGGUACUUGUGAAGGUCGAUAUGUUUUGCCGCCAUUCUCGUCGCUGCCCAAGGGAUGGCCAUACGUUGGAUGGAAGGGCCAGCCACAGAAUCCGAGUAGCGGUCUGCCGGAAUCCUGA